UUACACGGUUUGUUUUGUUGUCUUCUAAAUUGUGAUUGUUUACGUAUAAACAGUAAACAUUUGUAGUAAAACUCUGUGCUUAAUUGUUUCAACAUAGCAGUUAUUACUGCUUUAAUCCGUAAAGAUGCAGUAUUGUGAUACAACUUCGUAUCAAACUCCAGGACUUUAUGGAGCACCACAAACCUACGACGGUUCGACUAUUAAGUUGCAUCACGGACAUUUUCCGGAAUCUGUUCCAGCGGAUUCUUGUUAUAAUACAUUUUUCAACAACGUAUCAUCGCCUGGAAGCUAUAGUAUACCCCGAGAACCACCAUCAUAUGCCGAAUCAACUGUAUUUCAUACUGGAUUUCCACAGACUAAUUCGAAUAAUACUUAUUACAAAAUUUCACCGGGUGGUAAUAUGCCAGAUUUCACAAUGCAACGCAACAAUAGCAAUGAACAAAUCAUGUCAAAGACAGAUUUGUUAGAAUCAAAUUCAUUGGACAUUAAUCGUUUUGAUUCAGAAUCAAACAGACUGAUUGUUGAAAAUGACAUUGAUCUCAAUACCACGGACACGAUCAAAAUAGAAGCAACUUCUACAGAUAACCAGAACAUUUCUUCGUCAAGUGGAAAUGACAGCAUUGUUUCACCUGGAAGCACCAGUGACAGCGGCUCUAAAGAUGAUAAGGACUCGGAAAAACUCGAUUUGGAAUCUCCAGAUAAAGGUCAUGAUGAAAAAGCACGUGGAAACGCAGACGUAAAGCCUGCCAUGUCGUAUAUAGCACUAAUUGCGAAGGCUAUUUUAGAGUCACCACACAAGCGAUUAAGCUUAGGAUCCAUUUAUGGUUGGAUUGAGAAGAAUUAUCCUUACUAUGUGAAUCGUGGACAAGGAUGGAGAAAUAGCGUGCGACACAAUUUGUCACUGAACGAUUGCUUUAUCAAGGCAGGAAGAUGUGAAGACGGAAAAGGCAACUAUUGGGCAAUACAUCCAGCAAACAUUCAAGACUUUAUGCGUGGCGACUUCCGACAAAGACGGAGGUCAAGGCGUAGAGGAAGAAAGAAGGAAUGUGAAUUAGGGAUGUAUCAUGUAAAUGGAUAUUCCGCGCUAACGCCAAGCAUGCCAUUUAAUCACCCAAACACUGCUUUUAGUUCUAUUUAUUCACCAUACACGGAGGCUGAGCGCCGAGCUUAUAGACUUGAUGAAGCUCUGUUAAGGCAAAGCAUGAACAAUCCCUUUAUGAAAUGGUACCCAACUGCAGGAGUAGCCAACGGUUCGUAUCCGGCCCAAAACUCUAAUUGCAAUUCAGGGAUGUAUAACAACGGCUCCGCCCAAUGGCAGGGAUACGGAGAACAGAAUUCGCAAUCUAUGCAGUCAGUGUAUCAGUUGAAUUCCCCGCUCUCACGAAAUUACUCAACACCUUCUUUAGUGUAAUGCAGUUAUCAACCCCUCGGAUUCAUCUCGACACGAAGAGGCCAAGAGGAUUCAAAUGGAUUAGUUCAUGGCGUCAACCUAACUUCGUGUUCAUUAGAAUCAUAUGACCCGGCUGAUGUUUCAGACACCAUGUUUACAUUACAUAACAGUGAAUUCUAUGUUAUAUACAAAGAAUACCAAUUUGCUUUCCGAACAAACCUGACGACUCUGUUUUGCGAUCUUCAAAGAACCCAGAUUCUCUACGGAAAGAUAUUAUCUACUAGUUGCUUGUUAAAACAGUUUUAAUUGUUGACAUGAUAUUUUUUGUUGAAUAUUUAUAAAUUUUUAAAAUUUGUACAAUAAAUUUAAUCAUGUUGAAA